AUUGCGAGAAACGCCCAGCCUCGGAUCCGAAGCACCCACCCUCUCUCUCCGAACCUGCCCCUCUCUUUGUUCGUUGAAAAUUUCACUCACUAUUUCGAUCACUCUUUUUUAUCUGUCCGAGCGACCAAGAACAAAAGAACGCGCCCCUUCCCCAAACCAAACCCUAAACGCUCGCGUUUCGAGGAUCACCUUCAAUGGAGCUUUCUCAAUGUCACUGGAUUUUUUAAUAAUUUCAAGGGUUAUGCGGUAGUUGCUCAGAGACCUUUAUAAUAAUAGUUGUCUGCUGAAAAUUGGUGGGCUCUAUUAUCUAUGCCUGGAAACGAAGUAGGAGACAGGGUCCAUAAUUUUUUUGGUCAAGAGAACUUGUCCCAGGGACAAUAUCAUUCUCAGGCGGUUGAUGGGAACUGGACAGGACUAAGCAACAAUUUGUGGGCUGGUAGCCAGAGACCAACUGGUGUCCCUUUUUUUUCCAAUUUGAAGAAUUUUAAUCAACAGCAAUCAGAUCCUGAGCAGGGGCACGCAGGCUCUCCACAUUUGCGACAUGGUUUGAACCUAUCUCAGUCUAGUUUGAGGCCUGAGUCUGGCAGAAAUCUGCUGCCAAACCAACAGUCAGCUGUGAAUGGCUAUAUUCAGGGACAACAGGUGUUUCAGACCAGGCAGAAUGAAGCUAACAUUAUGGGACUGGAGAAUGAAUCUGAUUGGCAUAAUCUGUCAAGAGGAAUAUCAGUGCUGGAGUCACAAGGGAGUGCUCUUGAACUCUAUAAGAAAAACAUGGCUAGGAAUGAUGCUGCUGAAUCUCCUGUCAAUUUUGAUUUUUUUGGAGGUCAACAGCAAAUAGGUGGACGACAUAGUGGAAUGCUUCAACCUCUACCCACACAGCAGCCAGGAAUAAAUGAAAUGAAUCUAUUACAGCAGCAAGCAGUACUUAACCAGAUGCAAGAAAUUCGGAGGCAGCAACAAUUUCAUCAAUUAGAAGCAAAGCAACAGAAUUCUAUGACUCCACCUUCCUCUAUUUCAAAACAGGCAGUUUCUAGCCAUUCUGCAUCUCUCAUCAGUGGCAUUCCUAUUAAUGAAGCAUCUAACCUUAUAUGGCAGCCUGAAGUUAUACAGAAUAAUGCUAAUUGGCUCCAGCACAGUGCCUCUCCAGUUCUGCAUGGGUCCUCUAAUGGUCUUAUGUUAUCCCCUGAACAAGGACAAGCAUUGCGCAUGAUGGGUUUGGUUCCUAAUCAGGGUGAUCAGUCUCUUUACGGGGUUCCAAUUUCUGGUUCAAGAGGCACUCCUAACCUGUAUUCUCAUGUUCAAGCAGAUAAGACUGCAAUGCCUCCUGUAUCUAUCCCACACCAGUAUUCUCAUGUUCACGGGGACAAACCUGCACUGCAGCAGAUGUCAGCCGGUGAUAAUUCAUUUGCUACUCAUCAAUAUGCUGCAUUUUCAGAUCAAAUUAACACAAAUGAUGGGGCUUCAGCUUCAAGGCAGGAUGUUCAAGGAAAAAGUAUGUUUGGUUCUACUGCUCGCGGUAUAAAUAGUGGACUGAAUAUGGAGAACUUGCAGCAAGUGAAUUCUGAGCCAAGAAUUGUGCCAAUGCAAGAUUUUCAUGGGAGGCAAGAACUAGCUGGAUCUUUGGAGAUGUCGCAGGAGAAGAUGCUAGUGCAGGCUCCUCCUUCACAGAAUGUGGCUACCUUAGAUCCAACUGAGGAGAAGAUUUUGUUUGGUUCAGAUGACAACCUGUGGGAUGGAUUUGGCAGGAAUACAGGUGGUUUCAGUAUGCUGGAUGGUAUGGAUAGUUUAGGUGGGUUUCCAUCUAUUCAGAGUGGGAGUUGGAGUGCACUAAUGCAGUCUGCUGUGGCAGAAACUUCUAGUAGUGACUUAGGCAAACAAGAGGAGUUGAGUGGUUCAAGUUUUCGGAAUAUGGGACGGUCAUCUGGAAAUGAGCGGUCUUCAACAAUUGAUAGCAGCAAACAGCAAUCUGUUUGGAGUGACAGUAACUUGCAAUCAGCAUCCAAUAUAAAUUCAAGACCUUUUCUUCGAUCUGAUGAUGUUUGUAGGCCAAAUGCAACUGAAAAUUAUUCUGGUGUUUCUGGGUUUCAUCAGUUAGGUCUUGAUACUUCACACGAACAGCAUGAAAAGUUAGAGAACAAUUCUCAGAGAUCAAUUCCACAGUUUUUGGAAAGAGGCAAAUGGUUAGAUUGCAGUCCUCAGCAAAAACAACUUGCGGAAGGGGGUCAUAUAUUUGGAAAUGCUGCUAACUCUUCAAGUUUAGAAAAAAAUCAACAGAGCAUAUUGUCAGGUAAUAGUAGUGGUGAUCCUUUCAAUAAAUCUAAUGGAUGGGAUAUUAUGAAAUCACCGCCAUUUGAUAGGAGUUCAAAUUUCAAAACCCUUGAAAAUGAAAACUCAUUUCAGCCCCAUCAUGAGAAAGCCAUGCAUGAGAUGGGACAGGUUCCUGCUAUGUGGGAACCUGAUUCUGAUACUAAUUCAUCUAUUGGAGGGGAACAUGUGAAGUCUGCAGGUAAUAUGCAGGUUUGUGGGGAAGAUUCUGGUACAAAUGGUAUUGCUGCAUCGCCAAAUUCAGGCAUCGCAUGGUUCAGCCGGCAAAGCAGCAAGCAGCUCCCUAAUGUUGAUGAAUGGAGGGAUGCAGAGUCUGCAGGGAGCUAUAAAAGAAAUGAAGGUCCAGGAAAGUAUAAGCAUCAUAUGGAGAAGAACCCCUUAGUUUUGGAAUCAUCAAAGAAUGGAAAGGUAGAAAGUGAGACUCAUGAUUUUGAGAACCCUUACCAAAAGGAAAAAUUAGCAGAUGGUGUUGGAUCGAAUGCAUCUCUUCCUAGAGCUGGUGGUAUGAGAGAAAAUACCAGUUUUGAUGGCAAUGAUUUGCAUAGUCCAAAGUUAUCUGGUCAGGGAAAUCGAAGGCCUCCUGUAACUCGUAAAUUUCAGUAUCACCCAAUGGGGGAUCUGGGUGUUGAAGUUGAACCUUAUGGAAACAAACAUGGGUUCAAUUCACAGCCUAUGCCCCAUCAACCCUUUGGAGGACUUAAAGAUCAGGACCAAAGCUAUCCUGGACAGUCAAAAUAUGGGCAUUCUGAAGGGAAUUAUAAUCAAAUGAAUAAGGAUGCACCUGAUUUUCAGGAUGACUCAAAAAUCUUGGAUAAUAAUCCUUCAAAAAGCAUACUGCCUGGUCAAAUGUCAAAAAAAUUAACCUCAUUGGAUAGAAGUGUUGGGAAUUAUGCCUCACAGAGGACUGCUUCACCCAGGGUGCCUGAAACUGAAUCCUCUGAUGGAUCUGUUGUACAUCCUCAGCAGAAUCAAAGUUUUUUGUCUCAGGGCUUUGGUUUACAAUUAGCUCCUCCUACUCAAAGGCUUCCUGUGGUGUCUUCUCAUGGCUCAUUAGAGACAGAUCGUCAUACUACACUACAUGUGUCUGAGACAAGGGAAAGGGACCAUAUGUGGUUGGGUACUAAUCAGACUUUCCCUACCCGGGAUCCAUCUCAUGGGGAGCUUAGGAGUAAUAUUUCUAGCACCACAGGACAAAUUUUUGAUAAGGCCUCGCAAUAUGGCAUGCUGGGAAACAUUCCUCAGGCUUUUACAUCUGGCUUUCCUUUCUCCAGGAUUCAUACUCAAAAUCAAAAUUUGACAAAUCUUGGUAUUGCAAAUACUCAAUCUACUAAUGGAAAUUUCACUGCUUCAAUGAACCAGGCAGAUGAAUAUUGUGAAAAAGCUCAAACUAGUCAGUCUGAUUUGGGUUCUGCUCAGGACAUGUCCCAGAUGAGCGGUAUAGACCAAGAUCAUCUGAGAGAUCCCACCAUCCAAAGUUUGACAGCAGAGGCUGGCACCCAACCUUCUGCUACAUUUAGUAAAUCUCCACAUGGCUCCACUUCAAAAGUUCCGCACAAUGUAUGGACCAGUGUUUCUAACAAGCAACAUCCUAAUGCUUCAAGGUUUCUAUCCUCGCCCCAGAAAAUUAAUGAUUGUGAAAUGGCAGUUGGCUCACAGAAGCCAGGUGACGAGGGUCUGGUAAAAGAUGGUAAUGACCUUUCGGGUACUGGUCCUUGUUCUGCUUACUUCAAUAGUUCUGUGGGGAAUUCGCUUCAAGAAAUCUCUGUGAAGCAGACAUUGCCUGAAAGUGUUGUCGCUGCUGAAGAGGCUGCAGGUGCAUCACACCUGAAGGAAGCUGUUGGGAAACAUAUGUUUGAUGUAUCUCAACCUAGCCCCGCUGCUACCUCCAGAGAUAUUGAAGCUUUUGGCCGAUCUUUAAGACAAAACGAUGUUUUGAAUCAUAAUUUUUCUUUGUUGGAUCAAGUUCAAUCCAUGAGAAAUGCGGAGACUGAUAGAAAUGCAGAGACUGAUAGAAAUGCAGAGACUGAUCCUAGUAUUCGUGAUGUCAAGAGAUUGAAAGUUUCUGAUAAUGUGGUGGACAAACAGCUGGUAGAUUCCAAUAAUGGGCAACAGUUGUCAUAUGGAUAUGAUAAUGUAGUCAAAGACGGGUCAGGUAAUAAUUCCAUGCCAUCAUCAGAUCCUAAUAUGCCAAGGUUUUCAACAAAGCCGCUUGAUGGACAGGACACAAAUGCACUUAAUGCCACUGACAGUAAUAUAGCAACUUCUAAGAGUGAGUAUUCUCUGGUAAAUCCUCAGAUGGCACCAUCAUGGUUUGAGCGAUAUGGAACUUUUAAGAAUGGUACGAUGUUGCCAGCAUAUAAUGUACAGAAGAUGACUGCUUCUAAGAUUAUCGACCAGCCUUUUGUUGUACCAUACCAAUCAGAUAGUUUGCAUUUUUACAAUUCAAUAGAGCAAAUUAACAGUGUCAGUGAUGCUCAACUAAGUAAUGCUAGGCAAAGUCCAAUGCCUGCUUCAGUUGCAAGUGAGCAUGCAGAUUCUCAGUUAUCAACACCUGCUGUUGAACAUGACUUACUUAUUACGAGACCGAAGAAGAGAAAAAGUGCCACUUCUGAACUUCUACCAUGGCAUAAAGAACUGUUACAGGGUUCUGAAAGGCUUCGAGAUAUCAGUGUGGCAGAAUUAGACUGGGCUCGAAGUGCAAAUAGACUGAUUGAGAAGGUUGAAGACAAUGUGGAGGUAGUCGAAGAUUUGUCAGCAGUGGUGAAGUCAAAAAGAAGACUUGUCUUGACUACACAGCUUAUGCAGCAACUACUUAGCCCUCCUCCAGCUUCAGCUCUUGUAGCAGAUGUGAAGUUGCAUCAUGAGAGUGUGGUCUACUCUGUUGCCAGAUUAGCUUUAGGAGAAGCAUGCAGUUCUAUCUCAUGGUCUAGAUGUGAUACACUCUUGCCUGCUGCUAACAAGGACCUGCUGCCUGAGAAGUGUAAAUCAUCCAAUAAAACUGAUCAUUACAUUUUGAAAGUUACAGACUUCGUUGGCAGAUCAAGGAAACUGGAAGAUGAUAUAUUGAGAUUGAAUAGCAAAGCCUCUAUUUUGGACUUGAGAGUGGAGUGUCAGGAUUUAGAAAGAUAUUCUGUCAUCAACCGAUUUGCCAAGUUCCAUGGACGGGGACAAAAUGAUGGGGCAGAGGCAUCAUCAUCUUCUGAUGCAAAUACUAAUGCUCAAAAACCAUUCCCCCUAAAAUAUGUUACUGCAGUUCCAUUGCCUAGGAAUCUCCCAGACAGGGUACAAUGUCUUUCACUUUGAUAAUUAAUUAAUUCAUUUUUCUAUCUUUUUUGACCAAUUGACUCCACAACCUCCUGUUUCUGGUCCUUUUCUUUCAACUUCUAUUAUUGCACUUCAUCGAGACAUAGAACCAUACAACUGGCAAUGUAGGAGAAGAAUGGUUACUAGAUUGCCUCCUCAACCAGCGGAGGCUGUAGAUCUUUGCAAUCUAUAUAUGUAUGUAUGUGUAGAUCUUUUCAAUCUAGUUAUCUUUUGAUUUUCAGGUUCCAAGCCAUUUGUAUAUAGCAAAAUUAUAUAUGGAGUCUAUUAAGGUUUAGCCAUACCAUUUGGCUUGGUUUUUUUUUUUUUUUCUGAUUAAGCAUAGUUUCCUUCACCAAUCAUUUUGUUUGUCUCAAUAUCAAAUCAUUUUCUCCAUGCUUUCCUGUGUAGUCCUUCCCAUUGCAAAACCCCUUUGGCAGGGGAUGUUAUGAAGCAUUGCCAUCAGUAACUGUAUGGCCUCUAUAAAAUAGUGGAUUUGGUUUACCUUUGACA